AUGGCGCAGGUCGAGUCACAAUUCAUCGCUGCAGGUAUAACGAGCGACAAAACAAAGUACCACACCGUCGUGGCCGCGAUCGAAAGCAACGUGCUAGCCCAAAUAAGCGACAUAAUUCUUAAUCCACCGAACAGUGAACUGUACACCACGCUAAAAAAUCGAAUAAUAACACAAUUCGCGGACUCGGAGCAAAAACGUGUAAAAAAGCUACUGCAGGAACAAGAACUCGGUGAUAUGCGUCCAUCACAGUUCUUGCGCGAAAUGCGAAGUCUAGCCGGCAGCGAGAUCAACGAUAAUAUACUAAACAACGAACCGCUCGACAAAGUUGCCCUGCUCGCGGACAAAAUAUAUGAGGUUAGCGACACCCCGCACGUACACGUGGUCGAAACUCCAGAUACAGCAACACGCAAUCAAUCCAGCAUCGAGCAGCAGCUAGCGAAAAUCACGAAAGAGAUAGCAUCAAUAAAGGCGAACAUAAAUCGUCGGUCUAAAAGUCGCAGCAGAAGCCGUCCUCCGUCACGUUCCGGUAUGCAAAACAACAAUUCGAAUGGUUUGUGCUGGUACCAUCACAAAUUUGGUAACGAUGCCAAAAAAUGUCGUAGCCCUUGCGCAAAAAAGUUAAACUAA